AUGACCCGCACUGAGGCCGAUGGCCACCUCUCCCUCUCAGGGGCCCCCAUACCUUCUGGGGGCCCCCAACCUUCUGGGCCUACCCCACAUUCUGGGGACUGCGUAGCCUCUGGGGCCCCUCUACCUCAGAGGCCCGCCUCGCCAUCUGCUGCUUCCGGAUCUCCUGGGGCCCCUGAACCUUCUGGGGCCCCUGUGCCCUCCGGGUCCCCUGCAGCACCUUCUUCGUCUUCCGUGCCAUCUGGAGCCCCCGUAUCACCUGCUGGUGGUGUAGGAGGGGAGGGGAGGUCCCAAAGAAGAAGGGAGAAAAAGGGGGGCCUGGGUUUAACUCGUGAUACCCGUUAUACAGUAGAACAAGUACUAGAUGGACGUACACUCCGUUAUAUAAAAUCUAUUAGUAGAGCAGCAUCAGUACGUAAAGUCUUCGGGGCUAUUAGCUGCGGUAAAGAAGCUAAUGUAUACUUUGCUCUUGGAGAAAGGGAACAACAGCAGCAGCAGGAAGGAGAGGAGAAGGAGGGACAGCAGCAGCAGCAGCAGCAGCAGCAGCAGCAGACAGCUAAGGAGAGUUUGGUACCCUUUGCACUUAAGGUGUAUAGGACUUCUAUUUUAUCUUUUAAAGAUCGUAGCAGAUAUGUUCAAGGAGACUUCAGAUUCGAACAUAGCUACUCACGGAAUCGUAAUCCUCGUAAGAUGGUGGCGGUGUGGGCAUCAAAGGAGUUCCGAAAUUUAAUGCGCUUUGCAGCAGCAGGAAUUGCAUGCCCUAUUCCUGUUGCAUGCAAAAGCAAUGUGCUGCUUAUGCAAUUCAUAGGCAGUGCCACCUACAAAGGCAGCAGCAGCAGCAACAGCAACAGCAGCAAUAACAGCAGCAGCAGCAGCGGUGAUGUUGGUGGUGGUACGGAGGGAUCGAAUGCUUCUCUGAAGCGGGAAGCAGACACAACAGAUGCUCCUGCAGAGACAGAGACAGAUACAGAUACAGAUACAUCAGAAGAAGGAACAGAUGAUGAUGCUGCUGCUGCAGCAAGAGCAGCAGCAGCAGCAAACAAUCCUCAAGAAGAGUUAUGGUGUACAGGUACUUUUUCUUUUCCGUUUGAUCCUUCGCGAUUAUCUUAUUCUGCUGCUCCUCGUCUUAAAGAUUUAUUAAGUAUAUCUCGUGCAUUUGCUGCAGCAGCAAAUAUACGUCAGGCAGUAGAGAAGGCGCAUCCUCAGGCUCUUGAUUUCCUUAAGAGAGAUUGUAAGAAUAUUACCCAUUUCUUCUAUAGAAGUAUUAAUAGCAGCAGCAACAUCAGCAGCAACAGCAACAACAACAGCAGCAACAGCAGCAGCAAAAGAGGAGGAUGUAGUAGUAGGGAUGAUAAUGAGUCAUGUAUAUGUGCUAAGGAUUGUAAGGAAACAAGAGAUCAAUGGGAUAAUUUCCCUCCUAUAAUAAAUAAAUCUUCUCCUUUUUAUUCUUCUUUUCCUAUUCUCUCUGUUAGACAACUCUUUGAGUUUAUUGUACGAGCAGAAUUACCUGAAGAACUUAAAGCCCUACAUCACCAGAAGCUGCAGCAGCAGCAGGAGCAGAAGCAGCAACAGCAGCAACAGGAACAGCAGCAACAGCAGUUUGGGGUAGAAGGUACCAGCACGGAUGUAUGCAUGCAGGAGGCAUUGGCUGAGUAUUUAUUAUCUCUUACUAAUAGUGGAGAAGAAAGAAACGCAGCAGCAGAAGAAAGCGACAAAGAGCUAAAUGCAGGUAGCAGCAGCCGCCGUAGCAGCAGCCGUAGCAGCAGCCGUAGCCGCAGCAGCAGCAGCAGUAGAAGCACAUCUUCAUUAUUAGAGCAGCAGCAGGUAGAGGAUGCAGUUUUCUUACAGAGUUGGAUUCCUUCAAGUUUACAUGAUGUAUCUGAUUUAGCUGCGUUAGAUAGAUAUGCUAAAGGAACAGCAUUACCUUAUGAUAAAGAGUUGUUGCAUCUUCAUGAUCUUGUACAUAAUCCCCCUACUCGUGCUGGCAGCAGCAGCGGCAGCGGCAGCAGCAGCGGCAGCGGAAGCGGCAGCAGUGACAGCGACAGCAGCAGCAGCAGCAGUGGGGAAGAAUCCGACAGUAGCGAACCCGAGGGUGAUACAAAUAAGGAGAGAAGAAGAAAUAGGAGGAGAAGAAAAGGGAAAGAAGAAGAAGAUGAUGAAUUAAAUGUAAAGUUUACAGGGAAAAUACCUGAAGGAAUAUCUCGUAAAGAAUGGAAGAAAAAAGUAAAAGAAAUGAAUAAAGAAAGAAGAUUGCAUAAAAUACCUAAACAUCUUAAGAAAAAAUACAGAAAAAAAGCAGCCAACAGAUAA